AUGACGAGCUGUUACCUUAAGCAAAGACCUCAGAUAUUUAAUCCUCCUGAUAUCAUUGAAGAUCAAUUUGUAUUUAAUUCCAAACGUUUACCUCCAACUCAACUAACUAAUGAAAGAUUCAUGUCUCAUGAAUACUGUAAUGAUACAAUUCGUUACCAACCUCGCCAGUACUUGUACAAUCCUAAGAAAGCUCAAAAGACCAAAUCCGCUUCAGAUGUUCGUUUCAAAAUGGACAAGAUGUAUUGUAGAAGAGCUGUUAGUCUCGAGUCUACAGUUAUUCCGUCUUAUUCUAGAAAGGUGUUCGUGGGUGGUCUGCCAACAGACGUUCCUCGCCACUAUGUCGAAAGAAUGUUCCAGCAGUUUGGUGAUGUAAUGGUUGAUUGGCCUAGAGCUGCUUCUCACUAUAAAGCUGGUCGUAAUACAACUCCCUGUACAUUAAAUGGUUAUGUCUUCCUUGUAUAUGAAAAUGAAGAAUCAGUCAGUCGGUUGAUAAACACUUGUAUUUCCGAACCAAAUGAUAAUCACUAUUGGCUGAGAAUGGAAAGUCCAACCCUGUUUAUUAAAGCUGCUCAAGUUCGGCCAUGGGCUUUGUCCAAUAUUAACUAUGUGCCUUAUCCUGCUAUACAAAUAGAUCCUCGCCGAACUGUUUUUGUUGGAGGAGUUCCUCGUCCCGCUACUGCAAAAGAAUUAGCCCAAAUUUUAGAAGCUCAUUUUGGUACUGUUGUAUAUGCUGGUGUGGAUAUUGACCCAGAAUUACGUUAUCCUAAGGGAGCUGCUCGUGUAAAUUUUGCUACAUAUGAGUCUUAUAUCAAAGCCAUAAAUGGUCGUUUUGUCAAAAUGGAGAAGAUGGAAACGAGCAAAAGAGAAGUUGAAAUUAAGCCUUAUGUAAUGGAUGAUAUGAUGUGCGAUGAAUGCUUCGGCUCUCGUAACGGCAAUGAGUUUGCAGCUUACUUCUGUGGCCAUAAACCGUGUCGCCAAUAUUACUGCCAGCGUUGCUGGGAUUUGAUGCAUACUGGAAACCGUGCUGAUCAUCGUCCAUGUGUUCGUCAAGGAGAUCAGACUAAGGAGUUAUCUGAACUUCCUCAUCAUUCCUCGAAAACCUCUCAGAUCAACACAGAUCUGUUGUUGAAGAUGCUGUGUGCGUCCUCCAACAAGCCGUUGCUUAGUCCGUGGGGAAUUUCGUUGGUUUAG